ACUCUUCCCGCCUCAGUCAGGUGACCUGAGCAGGACGGGGUUGAUGGGAUCCCAGCCAUGUGUCCUAAACACACAAUCAGCCUUGCAGGGCCUAACGACAUGUCCACGGAGCAGAAGGAGCUCACACAGACACCACUGCUCAAGAUAUGGGUGCCAGGAAUGGGCAGUUCUCUAGGCCAGAGGAGAGGCUGUAAGUGAGGCCUCACGACCCCAGUUUACAAACUGUCCCACAAUGAUUGUGAUGGUUGGUCUGCCAGCCAGGGGAAAAACCUACAUCUCCAAAAAGUUAACCCGAUAUCUAAAUUGGAUUGGAGUCCCAACUCAAGUCUUUAAUUUGGGUCAGUAUCGAAGGGAAGUUGUGGAGACAUACAAGAACUAUGAAUUUUUUCGGCCAGACAAUGAAGAGGCCCUGAAAAUCCACAGAGCCUGUGCCUCAAAUGCUCUUAAGGACAUCGCCAAUUACUUCACCAAGGAGCAGGGACAAGUUGCAGUAUUUGAUGCCACCAAUACCACAAGGGAGAGAAGAGGAGUCAUUAUCAGUUUUGCCAAGGAGAGGGACUAUAAGGUAUUUUUCAUUGAGUCAGUUUGUGACGACCCAGAAAUCAUUGAGGCAAAUAUAAUGCAAGUAAAGCUGAGCAGCCCAGAUUAUGAAAACUACGACAAAGAAGCAGCACUGGUGGACUUUCUGAAACGUAUUGAUUGUUACAAAAUGUCCUAUGUCCCCCUGGAUGAGGAAAAGGACAGGCACCUCUCCUUCAUUAAGAUCUUUAACGUGGGAUCCAGGUACCUCGUGAACUGCGUGCAGGAUCACAUUCAGAGUCGUAUAGUGUAUUACCUCAUGAACAUCCACGUCACACCACGAUCCAUCUAUCUGAGCCGCCAUGGAGAAAGUGAGCUCAACCUGCUGGGAAGAAUCGGUGGAGACUCAGGCCUCUCUUCACAGGGCCAAAAGUACGCUAAGGCCCUUGCAGAGUUCAUCAGGGUUCAGGCCAUCAAGAACCUGAAGGUGUGGACCAGCCACAUGAAGAGGACCAUACAGACAGCAGAGGCACUGGGCGUACCGUAUGAACAGUGGAAGGCAUUGAAUGAAAUCGAUGCGGGUGUGUGUGAGGAAAUGAUGUACGAGGAGAUUCAGGCAACCCAUCCAGAAGAGUUUGCCUUAAGAGACCAGGACAAGUACCGGUACCGAUAUCCAAAGGGUGAAUCGUAUGAAGACCUGGUGCACCGUCUAGAGCCAGUCAUAAUGGAGCUUGAGAGACAAGAGAAUGUGCUGGUCAUCUGCCACCAGGCAGUCAUGCGUUGUCUACUGGCCUACUUUCUGGACAAGAGUGCAGAUGAUCUACCACAUCUAAAGUGUCCUCUGCAUACUGUUCUCAAACUGACUCCAUUAGCUUACGGAUGCAAAGUGGAGUCCUUCUAUUUAAACAUCCAAGCAGUGAACACACACAGGGACAGACCCACAAAUGUGAAUAUCGCAAGAAAGACAGAAGAAGCACUACAGACUGUACCUGAACAUCUGUAAUCACAAAAAAAAAUCUUAAUCUUUAACACAAUUAAUCUUCACACAGAUUGUGUAAAUGAAUAGCAAGGUGGGAGGAAGGAAUUUAAAAGGACAUUAGCAUGUGUUUCCAUUAAGAUUAAGAAGGGGGGGGGUUCCCUCACAAAAAUGUAAAACAAAAAAUAAGACCUUCUGAAAAUUUAUAUUUUUCAAAAAAUUUUAAUAAUUAGAAAAUGCAGAACAGAAUUUUUGCUUUUUCACUAUAGGGCUCUCAGACUUUUGGAUUGUACUUUAGUUUUUAAAACUAAACUGUGAAAAUCAAGUAUGAUUUUACUUUGUUGAUAAGAUGGUUGCAUUGGCAUGUUGAAAUGGAUAUUGCAACUAAAGAUUAUUUUUACCCUUUUCCUAGUUUAAAAUGUUUAGUUAGAACAGGGAAAAUCCCCAUUGUGUGAAAGUAAAUAGCCUUUAUUUAUUCAUUUUAAUAUCGCGUUCAAAGAGCUUGGCAGUAAUACCUUUUUAUGCAAUGAUAAAUGACAGUAAUCAGAAGAUGAUUCAGUUAGUUAACAGCACCAUGGACAGCAACCA